GCUGGAAAUAAUGAAUCGCCUUUCUUCUCACUUCAACUUGCUGGAGGGGUUACAUCAGCUGGUCAACAGAAUAUUAAGCUUGUAGCAGAUUUUGUUAAAAAUAAAGGGUUCAAAAUAAAAUAUGGGGAUACCGAUUCUUUAUAUUUAGUCUGCCCAGAAGAAUAUUUCCAAGAAUGCGAUACUGCUUAUGAUAAUGGAAAUGGGAUCUCGAAAGAAAAAUACUGGAAUGAAAUGGUAAAAAUUUCAAUGAGAGUAAUGGGGGAGAUUCGUGAUGAGGUAAAUGAAUUUCUGAAAGAAGAUAACGGGUGUAUUUAUCUCAAAAUGGCUUAUGAAGAGGUUUUAUUUCCAGUAGUAUUUACAGGUAAGAAAAAAUAUUACGGUAUUAAACAUAUAGAAGAACCUAACUUUGAUCCAAAUCCAGAUAAGCCAUUUAUUAGAGGGAUAGAUAUUGUGAAACGAGGACAGUCUAAGCUUUUUCGCAAAAUAG